CGUGUGGUUCCGGGUCGGGCGCGAAGAUGGCGGCGCCCAUGGAGCUGUUCUGCUGGACGGGGGGGUGGGGGUUACCGUCGGUGGACCCCGAUUGCCUGGCCGUGCUGACCUACGCGCGCUUCACGGGGGCCCCGCUGAAGGUGCAUCGGGUCAGCAGCCCCUGGCGGAGCCCCUCCGGGCACCUUCCUGCUCUGAAGACAAAGGACGAAGGCACCAUCUCUAAAACACAGGAGAUCAUAACUCACCUCAGGAAACAGAAGUACAACGCUGACUACGACCUGUCCCCGACACAGAGCGCAGACACCUUGGCCUUUGUGUCACUGCUGGAGGAGAAACUGCUGCCAGUGCUGAUCCACACCUUCUGGGUGGAUGCCAAGAACUAUGUGGAGCACACAAGGAAGUGGUAUGUGGAAACCAUCCCCUUCCCCCUCAACUUCUUCCUACCCAACUGCAUGCACAAGCAGCACCUGCAGAGGCUGCAGCUCACGUGGGGCGACGGCUACAUGGAGGAUGAGGAGAGGCUGGAGAAGGAGCUGUACCGGGAUGCUCGGGAAUGUCUGACCCUCCUGUCCCAGCGCCUCGGCUCCCAGAAGUUUUUCUUUGGAGACUCGCCGGCUUCUCUGGACGCCUUCGUCUUCAGCCGCUUGGCUCCUCUCCUCAAGGCCAAACUGCCCAACAGCAAACUGCAGCAGCACCUCAAGUCCCUGCAGAACCUCUGCAACUAUUGCACCUCCAUCCUCAGCCUCUACUUCCCUUGGGAUGGAGGGGAGCUCCCAGCUCCAAGGGCUGCAGGCACAGAGGGUGCUGAGGCAGAGGAGGAUCCCCACAGCCUCCGGAGCCAGGUGCUGUCGGUGCUGCUGGGGCUUGUGGCCAUGCUGGGUUACGCUUUCCUCAGUGGCAUCGUCUCCAUCCAACGCAGCGGCGCCGUGGCACCAAGCUCCCGCCGGCCCAUCGCCCUGGAGGAGGAGGAAGAGGAAGAGGAGGAGUGAGGAAGAGCUGUGCUCCCUCUUGGUUGCUCCUCUAAAAGGCUGUGGAACUGACUGUUUGGAUGCCAGGAGCCUGGUUGGGGCUCUGUGUCCUGCCAGGAGUUGUUGUGGGGAGUGUGGCUGCUGCACCAAUAAACCUCCCUCUCUCCUUCUCUCA